AGGAUCUUAGUGAAAGACAAUCUGAAAACUUAUGAUACAAAUCAAUUCACGCAGCAUCAGCAAGAAUUUUUAGAACAACACUCACAUGAGCAACUUUUAGAACAAAAAUUCAUACAACUACAAUUAUUACAACAAUUUGUACAAGGACAAGUUACAAUACCAACCAACCAUUUCGAUUUUGGAAAACUUUCUAUAAUUAACAAGCUCAAAAAAUUGGAAUAUAAAAUAAAAGAAUUGGAAAGUAAAAACAUUGAGUUGGGAAUUAAAACUAACAAAUUGGAAAGCCAAGACAAUGGAUUGGGAAGUAAUAAUAAUGGAUUGAAAAGUAAUAAAAUGAUCAAUGAAUUAAAAAGUGAAAACAGUAAAUUGGAAAGUAAAUUCAAUGAAUUGAAAUUAGUUAAUAGAGUAAAGAAUUAA